AUGUUUGCUGGAAACGUGACAGUGGACGAGGCGGCGGGGCGCGCCCUGUUUUACGUGUUUGUGGAGCGGGUGCACUCCCCUGAGACGGCCCCCGUCAUCCUCUGGCUCAACGGGGGUCCCGGGUGCUCGUCCCUGGGGGGCGGCUUCAUGUCUGAGCUGGGGCCCUACUUCCCCCACCAGCAGGGCAACGCGCUCAAGAGCAACCCCUACGCAUGGAACAAUGGGCUGGUGGGUUUACGAUCUGGUGAUCUGGUGAUCUGGUGA